UCACAUAGUCUAUGUCUGUCCAUCAAACAGUAGGGGGCGGCACACUCUUGGCCUAUGUAGCUGUGCAGCCGGAAGUUGUGUAGCCAUAGUCAUCGUUUUGAAUCUGUAGUUCAGCUAUGCUAAUUGUCAGCGGUUAGUUAGUGAGCUAGAGUUCUAAACCCCAAGAUUUAUUAGCUAUAUGUAUAUUUCCAAGAUGUCGACUAGAUGUUUUUAAGGCAGCAGUGCGUGUGGAACAAUGUAGCAGCUGUGAAGUAAUGCCAACUCAUCACGACUUUGCUCGUUUACUAUGAGCUCCCUAUCAUCCCAGCCUCUGGCAUCGAGCUCAGCAUGCAGGACACUACCUGGAGAGGGAAAUCAGGUACAACCAAAAGCCCCUCUUCUGCAGAUUCUGCGUGUUGCCGGAGCUCAAGAAGAAGUCUUCACACUCAAAGAGGUGAUGCACUACUUGGGUCAGUACAUCAUGGGGAAGCAACUGUAUGACAAACAGAGGCAGCACAUAGUCCACUGCCAGGAUGACCCUUUGGGAGAGCUGCUGGAGGUUGAGAGCUUCUCCGUCAAAAACCCGAGCCCGGUGUAUGAAAUGCUCAAGAAAUACUUAGUUGUGCUUGGUUGUUCUGACGCUGCAGAGAAUCUUUCUGUGGGCCGUGAAUGUGUAGAGGGCGGAGUGGAGGAUCGCGGUCAGCUGUGUGGAGGUGUGGUCAAAGCAGGGCUGGAGGCUUGCAGUGAUGGGCCUCUCCUGCAAACCCCCUCCCAGCGACGACCUCGGGAGCCAGACGAUGACUCUCUUGAAGGCCUGCCACGUUCAGCUUGCAAACGGCCCAAACUGGAUGUGACUUUGGACGAGUGGGAUCUCUCUGGCCUGCCCUGGUGGUUUCUGGGUAAUCUCCGUAGUAACUACAGCCGCAGAAGCAACGGCUCCACUGACAUCCACACAAACCAACUAUCUCCUGCACAGGAGGAGGACACAGCCAUUGUGUCGGACACCACAGAUGACCUCUGGUUCCUGACCGAGGGCGGGAGUGAACAGGUGAGCGUGGAGAUGAAAGAGGCUGCACUGGAGGAAGGGAGUGCAGGAGAAGGGGAGGCUCUACCUGAGGAUGAUGACAAAGGAGGGAAGGAGGAGAAAGCAGAUCGAGAGAUGCAGGAGGAGCCAGAUGAAGACUCGCAGUGUCUGAGCGAUGACACUGAUACAGAGAUCUCAACACAGGAUGCGUGGCAGUGCACAGAGUGCAGGAAGUAUAACACACCUCUCCAGAGGUACUGUGUUCGCUGCUGGGCUCUACGCAAGAACUGGUACAAAGAUGUCCCCCGACUAGCCCAUUCCCUUUCUGUUCCUGACAUCCCAGCAUGCAGCUCUCUCACCACCCAUGAUGAGGAAGAUGACAGUGACACAGGCAUUGAUGUCCCAGACUGCAGCAGGACGGUCUCUGACCCUGUCAUCCUGCCCUCCCACUCCACAGCUGAGCGACCACUGCCCACUAUGAUUACAGGGAAAGGCAAGGGGCCUUGGCCCUCCAGCUUCCACAAGGAUGAGCAGCUCUCAGAAGGGGAGAGUCAGGAAAAUCUGGGCAUGGAGAUUGAAGAAGUUCGGCCUGAGGCACUGUUGGAGCCUUGCAAGCUCUGUCGAGUGCGACCACGCAACGGAAAUAUAAUACACGGCCGUACGGCUCACCUGCUAACCUGUUUCCCAUGUGCAAGGAGGCUACACAAGUGUCAGGCCCCCUGCCCAGGAUGUGGGAAGAUCAUUCAAAAAGUUAUUAAGAUAUUCAUCCUUUAAAAAGUACACACACACACACACACACACACACACACACACACGUCAGGCUCUGUGGAACUCUACAACAACAAAUAUACAACACACUUUUGACCAUACAGAUGCAUGCACUCUGGUACACACUCGUAGACACACACACAAAAUGUGCACCUUACCCUUUAAACCUACACAGAUAUACACAAAGUAUAGCACUUGGUGAAGCUUGCUCUUGGUUGCAUGGUGUAUUAUGCAUCACACUGCUUCUGAAGUAUUGUUUGAUGCAACCUCUGACUCGAGAGUUUGUCAUACCAAAUGUUUGUUUUAGUGCCACAUUUAAAUAAGGGAUAUACAAAGGCAGAAGUAUUUAUUUAUUUAUAAGGCGGUCACAUAUGAGUGCACAAUGUGAGCUAUUUGAUUUAAUGAAGGCUUGUUUUUUUUCAGGCUAUGUGUGAAUUUUCUCAUGGUUUUUGCAAUGCAUUGAAUGGUGCCAUUUUAAACUAGUAUUGCUUGCCUUCUGUUAGUUUUCUUUCCCCAUAGAUUCACGUUAGUCAUCAUCUAGGCAAAAAUGGAAAGAUCAGUGCAGGUAAUUACACAAUAUUUCUUUAAGCAUCUUCUAAGCCAUUUUGUUAUGUAUAUUUUUUUAACCCUUUUUAUAUAAUUUUAGGGAAUUGUGGCUCUGCGAUUUGAGUUAUGAAGACAAGAUUGAAGGAAGAACAUGAAAGAGGGUAAUAAAACCAUGAUUUUGUUAACAGCUGCAGCUCCAUGAAAGUAUCCUCCUAAACUUUUCUUUAAAAAA